AGUGGUUAGAGUCGUCUUCGUCUUCUCCGUCUCCGAUCAGUUUCGCCGUCGUCGUCGCCGCCGCCGCCGCGGAGGCCGUAACCCUAGCCGAGGAGAGUAGAGGGUGAGUCGGCAGAGGCAGGGCGGUGGGGCAAGAUGUUCCGGUACCAGAAGGGCGGCGACGUCGAGGCGGGGACCUCGGGCGGCGUCGCGGGGGCGCGGGAGCUCUACCCGGGGAUGACGGAGCCGCCGGAGAUGCGGUGGGCGCUCAUCCGCAAGAUCUACGUCAUCCUCUCCAUGCAGCUCCUCCUCACCGCCGCGGUCGCUGCCGUCGUCGUCAAGGUCCGCGCCAUCUCACACUUCUUCGUCUCCUCCCACGCCGGCAUCGGGCUCUACAUCUUCCUCAUCAUCCUCCCCUUCAUCGUGCUUUGCCCGCUGUACUUCUACCACCAGAAGCACCCGGUCAACCUGAUUUUGCUCGGUCUCUUCACGGUCGCCAUCAGCUUCGCUGUUGGCAUGACAUGUGCUUUCACCAGUGGCAAGGUCAUUCUGGAGUCUGCAAUUCUUACAACAGUGGUUGUGUUUAGCCUGACUGCCUACACAUUCUGGGCUGCAAAGAGGGGCCGUGACUUCAGCUUCCUUGGUCCUUUCCUGUUCGCCUCCCUCAUAGUGCUGCUUGUGUUUGCAUUCAUCCAGAUCCUAUUCCCACUGGGCAAGAUCUCUCAGAUGAUCUAUGGUGGAAUUGCAUCGCUCAUCUUCAGUGGCUACAUCGUCUACGACACGGACAACAUCAUCAAGCGCUACACCUAUGACCAGUAUGUCUGGGCCGCUGUCUCGCUCUACCUCGACGUCAUCAACCUCUUCCUCUCCCUGAUGACCCUGUUCAGGGCAGCCGACUGAGCUCAUCGCGUCGCAUCGUGUGCAUACCUUUCUACCAGUGAACGUGAAAAUGCUGCCACUCCCCUUUAUCAUGAGUAACCUACUCAAAACAAGAUGUAUAGAUGUCGCUAGUAGUAUGGUCUUUUAUCAUGCUGGGUUUACUUAUGAGUAGCCAAGUGAUCUUAUUUACGUAGGGAAACAGGAACGAACAGAGAGAUUCUAUGAAUGGAAAUGAUGUUGGAUUUGGGUUUGUUUUAA